AUGUCGUCUUCAAAGACCACGACGACUACGAGAAAGAGGAAGUCACGAGCUGUUGAGACUCUUGCACGGUGGAAAGAGUGUAACGUUGACACCAAACGAUCUGGAAAACUUCAAGCCAUUGUGUCUAAGAAAGGAUGCAUGAAAGGCCAGGGAGGGCCUCAGAACUCACUAUGCACUUAUAGAGGAGCAAGACAAAGGACCUGGGGCAAAUGGGUUGCAGAAAUUCGAAAGCCAAACGGGGGGAAUCGGCUGUGGCUGGGUACUUUUACAAACUCUCUGGAAGGUGCCCUUGCUUAUGAUGAAGCUGCGAGGGCUAUGUACGGCCCUCGUGCUCGCCUCAACUUUCCAGCAGGGUUGGAUUCAACGACUACAUCAAACAACUCUGCGGUCUUUGCUGUUGACGAGAGCACACCUGUUUCCCCCAACUUGAGGAAUGAGGAUGUGCAAAGCAUUGCAUUUGCUGACAAUGAAGCUGCAUUUGAGGACAUUGCCCAUAUUUCGCCUAAUGUGAAGAAUGAGGCUGGGAAAGGUGAUUUGGGUGACAUUCCCAAGCUUUCCGACGAUGAGCUCUUUAGCAACAUCGAAUCACUAUUUAGAUUCGACAAUUUUGAUGGUGGUCAUUGGGGAUUUCUUGGUGAUGACCAAUGCGAAAAGCCAUCAGAUCUUGCAGACAGCUGCAAAAUCCAAAUGACAAGUUGUUAG